CAGACAGCGCUGGAGGAUCGAGGGAAACAUGGAGCGCGUUUGGCUCUGGAGGCUUUUAACUCUGUUACAACUUUGUGUUUUAUGUUUUGUUCCAGCUUCAGGCCAGCAGUGGGAGAAGAUUAAAGAGAAGAUUUCUGAUGCUGUGAAGGUUCACACACCCUGCAGCUCCGCCAACUGCAGCUGCCACCUGAGCGUCCUGCAGGACGACCUGCGUCCCUUUAAAGGGAGAAUCUCUGAGGACCUGAUGGCUGCGACGGUUCAGAGAGGCGUGGGGACUCACUACCAGGUGAUCGGACACAAACUCUACCGGGAACACAACUGCAUGUUUCCUGCCAGGUGCAGCGGCGUGGAGCACUUCAUCCUGCAGGUGAUUGACAGGUUACCUGACCUGGAGAUGGUGGUGAAUGUGAGAGAUUAUCCUCAGGUCCCCAGCUGGGUUCAGCCCACGCUGCCCGUCUUCUCCUUCAGUAAGACGGCCGACUACCAGGACAUCAUGUAUCCCGCCUGGACGUUUUGGGAAGGAGGACCUGCUGUCUGGCCCAUUUACCCCACAGGCCUGGGGAGGUGGGACCUGAUGAGGGACGACCUGAAAAAGUCUGCAGCUCAGUGGCCGUGGAAGAAGAAAGAGUCCAGAGGAUUCUUCAGAGGCUCCAGGACCAGUCCGGAGCGGGACCCUCUGGUCCUCCUGUCCAGGGACGCUCCAGAUCUGGUGGACGCCGAGUACACCAAGAACCAGGCCUGGAAGUCUGAGAAGGACACGUUGGGGAGACCUCCGGCUAAAGAGAUCCCUCUGGUGGAUCACUGCAGAUAUAAAUAUUUAUUUAACUUCCGAGGUGUGGCCGCCAGUUUCCGUCUCAAACAUCUCUUCCUCUGUGGUUCUCUGGUGUUUCAUGUUGGAGAUGAGUGGCAGGAGUUCUUCUACCCUCAGCUGAAGCCCUGGGUCCACUACGUCCCCGUAAGACAGGACCUCUCAGACCUCAGGGAGCUGCUGCAGUUUGUUAAAGAGAACGAUGCCGUCGCAGAGGAGAUCGCCACCAGGGGGAACGAGUUCAUCCUGCACCACCUGAGGAUGGAAGACGUCUCCUGCUACUGGGAGCGACUCCUCACCGACUUCAGCCGCCUCCUCACCUACAAACCCAAGAAGAGGAGCAGCUACAACCAGAUCGUCCAGCGGCCCAGCAGGACGGAGCUAUGAGGGGGCGGGGCUUAGCAGCCGGCAGCUGUAGAGAAGGAAAACUGCAUCAUGAAUGUAAAAGUAGCUCGUCUAAAGCUUUAUUUCUCACCUCCAGUAUUUUAGUCUCAUGUUACUGAGUCACACAGUCGUAGCUGUAGGUUAGAGUUGAUGCUGCCAUACCUCCAGCCACCACUAGGGGGCCAAACGCCAAUUAUCACUCACCUGCCUCUAAAAAAAACAACUUUUCUUUUCAUGGCUGCUCUUUUUUACUCACCAGCAAAUCUGUCUGAGCUCUAAAGCUUCACUUCACAUAUUUUUACACUUUGAAAUUCACCUUAAUUGUCAUGGAAACGGCUGGAUGAACAACCCUGGUGAUGUCAUAGUGAUGUCAUCAGGGUUAUUUCAGGUUAAGAUAUCCAUUUAAAAUAAAAAUUCAGCCUUUAAAAAAUGGGAUUAUGGAGUUUAAAAACAAUAAUGCAUGGAUGGUUUGAAAAAAAAACAGCUUUCUGUCAAAUUGCAUGAUGGGAAAUGUAGUAUCAAGUGGUUUUGGAGCACUAAAUGCUAACAAUAAGGCCUCAAAUGUAUGGAAAUAACCGACUAUAUUGCUAAAAAUCAGAUUUUUGUAACAUUAAUCACACCUGGACUGAGCUGCUCACCGAUUUUCAUUAAUAUUUCUGCUUCAAACUUGUAUUUGAGCAUCAUUCUGCAUAUCCUUAAGAUAAGUUUGGUGCCUUUGCUGAAGUAAAAACAGAAUUUUACCCUUCUGAACACUGCAGCUGAGCACCUAAAACUUUAAUUUUUAAAUGUGAUUUUGACUCUUUACUGCUGCUUAAAUAUCCACUAAUAAUAAUACAAGUUACUGAUCCAUGCUGUUACAUAUUUAAUGCAGUUAUUUGUUACUGGAGGGCUAUUUUUAGCUCUAAAAAAGCUGUAAUAUGCACCACAUUUAAUCCUUAUUUGCUGUUUCUUUAUCUGGAAAAUCAUCUAAAAGUCCAAAUGUUCUGCUGCUCUUCCCUCUACUGGACAACUGAGGGAACUACAGUGUCAUAACAUCAAUGUACUGUUUAAUUCACUUGUUUAUUGCAAUAAUUAUACCAAUGUCUACAUUUUUAAUAACUUGAAAACACAAGAUAGUUAUUUGCAGCCAACAUCUCUUUCCACACUAAGUGCCAACGUCGAGCAAUAAUAAUUUUAGAGAACAUAGUUUGUAUUUUGAUGUGUAGUUCUAAAAGUUUUUUCACUUUUUACUGUGUCUUGGUGUUAAAUGAUGUACAGUCGAAGCAGGAUAAUGUUGGAUAUGUUGUAGUAUUCACAUUGUGCUGUCAACAAGCAGGUUUUCACCGAUGGGACGUGUAUUUUUUUACACUAUUAAGAACUGUUAGAGGUGGAUCGGACCAAAAAGCUGUGAUGUGGAGUGUGAAAAUUCAGAUUGUUGUCAUGACUUGUGCAGCAUUUUUGUUUUUAUGCCAAUAAACUAUUUGGUUCCUUACUAAAAA